CUCAUGUCUAUAUAAAGGGGAAUUGUUUUACACAUUCUGUAAAACAUAAAACACACGUUUCUAUACAAAUCAAACUAGCCAAUCAGUGCUGGAUAAACAGCAGAAGACUGCCGUUGUGACUGCAACAUCAUCAACAACAAGGAACACGAAAAAUACCAAAAGGGCUGAAAGAUGAGCUAAAAAGAUGUGGAGGGUGAAGGCAGGAGUGGUUCCCGUGGUAAUCGGACCACUAGGGGCUGUGACCUCCAAACUGGAAGAAUGGCUCCUGCAGAUCCCAGGAACAACAUCCGAGAUCUCUGUCCAGAAGAGUGAAGUGGGAACAGCUAAAACACCACUAGCGGGCGCUAAAACACACCCGAGUUGCUUUCUUGGAUGGCGUGUUCUGAUUGAGAGAGCCACCCCACCGAGUCUUUACCUGGUGGGACGCGACUCGCAUCGCUCCUUGACAACUUCAUCCAGAGCGCGCAAAGCGGCGUAGCUGUCAACAUGACCAUCAGCAUGGUCAACCCGAGUGGAAAUCUGCGUGAACAAAUGCCUUUCUUAACUAAGAUGGAGCGAGUGAUAGUGUCUAUGCAAGACCCUGACGUGGGCAUGAAGAUGCGAAACCAGCGGCUGCUUAUUACAGUGAUACCGCAUGCAAUGACUGGUAGUGAUAUUGUAAGCUGGCUGACCCAGAAGUAUGCCAUCACUGAAGAAGAGGCACUACAUAUAGGAAAUUUCUUGGUGAAAUACGGUUACAUAUAUCCUCUGAAGGAGCCUCGGAACCUGUGCUUGAAACAAGACGAGUCACCAUAUCGCUUUCAGACACCGUAUUACUGGACAUCGACCCGUUGGCCUGCCUCCGAGAUGGAUUACGCCAUUUAUUUAGCCAAGAAAAACAUUCGGAAACAAGGCGAACUGAUAGAUUAUGAGAAGGAGUGUUAUAAUGUUUUACAUAAAAGGAUCAACCACACCUGGGACUUUGUGGUUAUGCAGGCAAGAGAACAGCUCAGGUGCUUCAUCGCCUAUCAUCAGUGGGCAUCCAAACAGCGACGGAAGGCUGAUCGCUUAGUUCUGGAAUAUCAGGAACAGGCGUACUGGUUAGUCAACAGACCCCCUCCAGGUGCCAUGGAAGUAUUGGAAUGGGGACCAGAGAGGGGAAGUAUCGCGAACCCACGAGUACAACUGAAUGCUGAAUUCUACAAGAAAGAGAUUGAUCAAAACAGGACAGCACUGGGACGCAAUCGAGUCAAGUCCUCGUUAUGUCUGGAAAGUUUUGUUAAGUACUGUGAACAGUACCAGGACCAUGACCCCAUAAUGCAAGGCUGCCUACCCAGCAACCCAUGGAUCACUGAUGACAUCAUGUACUGGAAUAUGAAUUCAGAAACGGCAGUCAUGCCAACCAAACUCCGUGUGGAGCGGUGGAGUUUUAGUUUCAUGAAGCUGCUUAAUGAUCCACUAGGACAAAAGGAGUUCCUCAUCUACCUGGAGAAAGAGUUCAGUGCGGAGAACCUGCUCUUCUGGCAAGCAUGCGAGGAUGUGCAACACGGGGAGACUUCCAGGAUCGCUGACAAGGUGGACGAGGUUUACAAGCAGUACCUCGCACCCGGAGCCAGCAACUGGGUCAACAUCGACAGUAAGACGAUGGAGAGCACCCUAGAGGGAAUCCAUCAGCCUAAUCGCUUUGUCCUGUACGAUGCACAGAGGCACAUUUACUUCCUCAUGAAGAAGGACUCGUACCCUCGCUACCUGAAGUCCGAACAGUACAAGAAUUUGCUAGAGAAAGCGAUAGUUCCACAGGAAACAAAAAAGAGCGUGUUCCCGUUCAUGCGUCGUCAGCGACAUUCAAGCCCGUCUCCAGCACUGUUGACACAAGCAGGAGAUGACGAUGGUAAGGCACUGAGCAGCUCGGUCCGGGCUAACACCAGCGCCCCGUCUCCAACUUAAUCACACCUACAUGCAUGCGACACAUGCUACAAUGUGACAAAAUCAUUGCUAAACUCAUCACUAAACCCCAUUUAGUGUAUUACUAUUAUAAAUGUGAUGUUAUCUAUAUUAAAAUCCUGAAAUAGGCUUUUGCAUGAAACUGCAUGAAACAACUUCUUGUAUGUGACCUAAAUGAAAAAACUUCGUUUCUACCCCUGUCACAUUACUGGGGUGUCUCUCAGUUAGAUUUGUGAAGGUGUUUCAAAUUAAAAUAUAGCAAUAAUAAUAUAUAGCAUCCAUCACACCAAACUGCUCACUUUACACAGUGAGUUUGCAGUCAGUUUUGAAUGUUGUUUCAUAUUUAGGUAUUGUUCAUUGUUACCUCUGUGUAUUAUUUGUAACACAUUAUCCGUAUUCUUUUGUCAUUUCCUUGUGAUGUACUGCAUUUUUUAAUGAUGAAACUGGAUGACUUCAUUGCAAAUGCGUCUAUAUCCCUUUAGUGACACUCUGCAGCAGUUCAUUGAGCAUGCAUUGAUAGGAAGAAGGCAUGAAUAGGGCCAAUUGUAUUUUCACUAACCCUUGCUACACAAGUAGAACUCUAAUACACAGUAGCUACACCAAGGCAGUGUGAACACCUGCCCAGAUUUCACUGUUAAUUCUUGUUGAUAUACAUUCCACAUUGCAACUUAGAAGUGGCUUCAAAAUCUUUCAUGUCUGAAGUUUUUGGAUUUGGAUGUGACCCCUUUAAUUAACAGAUACAGUGAUAAGGUUUCUAUUUAUUUAUCUAUUUUUCAGAGUCUGUUCCAUGGUUUUAUCUGGCUUGUCUCCUUAAGAGUAAAGCGUAAUUAUUAACAACUCAUGACUUUCUCUUAUUUCUCUGAUUACUAAUUUUGUCUUCUUUAUGACAGCAAGCCGAUUGUCAGAUAGUGGAGAACAAAAAGAUGUCAGUGCCUAAACUAUGAUUCACAUGAUUUUGAACCCAGUGUUAUAGCCUGAAAAUGUGAUGCCAGAUGUUGUUCUUCUACUGAAUCCUCAUUAACAGAGUAAUAAAUUAAUAGGCUAUGUAAUUUUAUUUAU